AUGAGUGUUCUUCUCGAAACGACGAAAGGGAAUAUCGUCUUUGACCUUGAGUAUGACAAAUUUCCUCUCCAGUCGUAUAACUUCCUAAAGCUCUGCAAGAUCAACUACUACUUUUUCUCCCCAUUUUUCGAUCUAGCGCCAGAUAAGAGUGUUAAAUGCGGUAACCCACAUUUUCCUCAGGACUCGAGCAAAGGUCAAGCCAUUGGUGCCUUUGUGGACACAACAUCUUUCUCCAAAAGCUUUACAGGCGAUGUUGUGAGCAUAGAAACGGAAAAAAACGCUGGACCUGAAACAGAGGCGAUUGGGACCGUCAAGUUUGUGAGCGAAGACGAUAAGGUUGGUUCCGUUUUCAGCAUUUCGCUAGGGUCAGCCACCAAAAAGGACGCAUUUGCCACAGUGGCUGAAGGCUUCUCUGUCUUGGAAACUCUUAACAAUGGGGAACAUGUCCAGCUUCUCCAUACACAUAUUCUCCAUGAUCCAUUUGAUGAUCCUAAUAAGAUAGAAGAGGCGAAAAAAGAGCUUCGGCCCACAAAGGCACAGUUAGAGUACUUCAACUCGCGUGAGGGGGGCCAAACUACGUUUGAGUCUAUGGCAUUGGAGUUAGUGGGUGGACUUUCGGAUUAUAAGGCGCAACCUUCGCCUUCAACACUCUUUGUGGCCAGGCUAAACCCGGUAACCAGCGAAGGAGCUUUGGAAACCUUUUUUGGUCGGUUUGGCCUGUGCAAAGUGAGCAUUUUCCAGGGGAAAAAGACCCUUUAUGCAUUUGUUGAGUUUGCUGAAAAACAAAUGGCAGAAAAAGCGUAUCUUGGGACCAGCGCUGGGUGUAUCAUAGAUGGAAAUCGAGUCGUGGUGGACUUUUCCCAAUCUGUACGAAAAAGCAAGACCCUGUUUGACAUGUAA